AUGGACGAGGAGCUCACCGAUCAGCAGUUGGUGGGUCGGAAGAAGGCCUUCACCGACCACGACGACUUUGACGGCAGUGAAUUUGCCGAUGACUACGAAAUCAGCGACCAUGAUUUGAGCAAAAUUAUCAUCGUCAUGCAGACGCCGCGCAAGGGCGUCGAGCCUGUCAACGAUCGCACCGGCGACUGGACGACGCGCGUCAAAGUGACUCAGGAGAUGUCGCAGAUCAUCAACGACGGCCUCUUCUACUACGAACAGGAUCUGUGGACGCGUUUUGGCGACUCGGGGACGAAGCAGCACAAGACGCUGGGCCUCAUUUCGCAGGAGGACUUUGAGAUCUACUCGGGAUCGCCCAAGAAGGAUGCCCCUGCGACGCCACCGCCACCACCACCACCAACCUAUGUGGAGGAGGAGAUUGAACUGGACGAAACGUACUUAUCAGGUUCGCCGCACGCCUCGGCAAUUCCGCUCGAAACGCCUCGGAAGACGGCGCAAUCGAAGACGCCCAUGCGGCGAUCACCUCAGACCAACCCUCGCUUCUACCCGGCCCCCGAGCCGAACCACGCUCCUCCGGCGGGCACUCCGAGAAAGCAGAAGACCAGGCAUUCGUCGAACCCGCCCAUUGAGCCGCACAUUGGCUGGCUGAUGGACUCUCGAGAGCAUGCCAUUUCCACCGAAUCGUCGUCGUUCACUGAUCGUCAAACGCUCGCCCCUCAAUCCUCGUCAAUCUCGACUAGUCUCGGUUCCACUCCUCAAUCACUGCCAAAGUUCGAGCACCCAUCGCACUCUCUUCUAAAGGACAAUGGCUUCACUCAGUUCGUCUACAGCAAGUACCGAUUGAGGUGUCUAAAGGAACGCAGACGUCUUGGCAUUGGACAAAGUCAGGAGAUGGUUACCCUGUUCCGAUUUUGGUCGUUUUUUCUUCGUGAUCACUUUAACCGUAAAAUGUACGAUGAGUUUCGUCGUUUUGCAAAUGAAGACGCUUCGCAUGGUUUCCGAUAUGGCCUUGAGUGUCUCUUUAGAUUUUACUCGUACGGUCUGGAGAAGCAUUUUCGCCUGAAUCUGUUCAAGGACUUUCAGGAAGAAGUGAUACGGGACACUGAUAAUGGUCAACUUUAUGGGCUGGAAAAGUUUUGGGCAUUCCGCAAGUACUACAAAAACUGGUCAAAUAUACAGCAACACGUGGAUGCUGAUCUUUUAGCUAAAAUCAACAAGUACAGAACAGUAGAUGAUUUCAGACUAGAUUACUCGGCAGACAACUCAAACCGCAACUGA